UUCAAACUUGACUAAAGAAACAUGUCAACGAAAAAAAAGAAUGGGAGGAAAUAUUUUCUUAAGUAACAGUGGAAACUUGAAAAUUCUGCAAACCUACUUAAGAUUCGAUAAUUCUAUUAUUAUUAUUCAACUUUUGUCCCAUCAUAUAAUAGUUUGGCUAUCGAAAAUUCAAUAUAUAGUCGUCGGUUGGGAGUUUGGUGUUUACUAGUGUGACAAAAAGAUGAGAGCAUAGUUCACUAGGAAGAGUGAGAUUGAGGGAAAGUUAGGGUAGGAGAAAAAUUGUGUUACAAAUAGAGCAAUAGUAAUAGAGUUUAGAGUAACAUUUGAAAAUGAUGAGAAAUAGGUAGAGUUAAAAUGAGACUUGGCGAGAAAGUUUAUCAUUCCAAAAUCAAUGUGGGACAACUUACAAAGUACAUUUUUAUCGUGAUAUUAGAACUCUAACUUGCAUUUUAUUAAUGCAAAAUGUUUCCAAGCUAUUAUAGAACAGCUAAUCAAACACGUUUGAAAGAAUUAGAGUACCAAACAAAGCUUAGCAAUACCAGGUAAUAAACAAUAAAAUAUCCUACUAUCGAGGAACUAACCAUCCAUUUCUUUGCUUUUUUGGGAUUUCUAAGAUUGUGUUUUUUUUUUUUUAUCAUAUUCUUAUCAACCAUUGGUUUCAUGUAUAUAUACACUAAUGUUGUAGUAAUCAAAUCUUUUGCAUUGUGCUCUUACCCCGGACAUGGGUUACCACUUCAUGUCCAGGGAAGAGUAACCACUCGCAAUAUUUUCCAAACCCCCCCUCCCCCAUCCCCGUUUCCUUCCAUUUCUUUCGAAGAACAACAAUGGCGGAAUUGUAUACAUAUAUGCUUAUAUCAUUAGCCCUUGUGUUCUUCAUCAAUGUCGUGCAUGGUGAGGAGAAAAAAAUUGGUAAUGUUACCUAUGAUUCGCGGUCCUUGAAGAUCCAUGGCAAUAGAGAACUACUCUACUCUGGUUCUGUACAUUACCCUCGUGUUCCUGUUGAGGAAUGGGAGAAUAUCCUAGACAAGUGCAAAGAGGGAGGCCUUAAUGUGAUCCAAACUUAUGUGUUUUGGAACGUGCAUGAGCCUAUCAAGGGCCAGUAUAAUUUCACAGGCCAGAAUGAUAUUGUUAGAUUUGUCAGACUGAUUGGUGAGAAAGGCAUGUGGGUGACCCUUAGGGUUGGACCAUUUGUUCAAGCUGAAUGGAACAAUGGAGGAUACCCAUUCUGGCUAAGACAGGAGGCCAAUAUUGCAUACAGAACAGAUAAUCCGGUGUUUAAGGAACAUAUGGAGAGAUGGGUCACCAAGAUCAUAAGCUUGAUGAAGGAAAACAAGUUAUUUGCCUCACAGGGUGGUCCUAUUAUCCUCUCUCAGGUGGAAAACGAGUAUGAUACUAUCAGAGAAGCCUACAGAUUUGGUGCCGCGGAAAGAUAUAUCCAUUGGGCAGCAGGCAUGGCUGUUGCACAGCAAACUGGUGUGCCAUGGAUCAUGUGCAAGCAGAAAGAUGCCCCUGGCGAAGUGAUCAAUUCUUGCAAUGGAAGACAUUGUGGGGAUACAUUUUCAGGUCCAAAUGCACCUAACAAGCCAUCUCUAUGGACUGAAAACUGGACUGCUCAGUUCAGAGUUUUUGGAGAUGUACCUUCUCAAAGGUCAGCUGAGGAUACUGCCUUUGGUGUGGCACGCUGGUUCUCAAAGACUGGAAGCCAUACCAACUAUUACAUGUACUAUGGAGGUACAAACUAUGGAAGAACCGCUGCAGCCUUUUCUACCACUCGCUACUAUGAUGAAGCUCCUAUUGAUGAAUAUGGUUUUAGAAGGGAGCCUAAAUGGGGACAUUUGAGAGAUUUGCACCGUGCUUUAACGCUAAGCAAGAAGGCAAUUCUUGCAGGGAGAUAUGGUGUUAAGAAAUACAGUCCAGAUCUGGAGGCGCGCUACUUCAAGAAAGGCAAUCUCUGUGCAGCUUUCUUGUGGAACAACAAAACUCAUUCGUCAGAAACAGUGAAGUUCAAAGGCAUAAAGCAUAUCCUCCCACCCAAAUCCAUCAGCAUCUUACCAGAUUGCAAGAAUGCUGUCUACAACACAGCUCAUAUGGUAAGUCAGCAUAGUGCAAGAGAAUUUGUUAGGUCUGAAAGAGCUAACAAGGGUCUGAAAUGGGAGAAGACUGUUGAGCAUUUACCGACUAAGAGUGAUCUUUUCACACGAGAUCCACAGGAGCAGUUCCAAAUUGUCCAGGACAGAAGUGACUACUUUUGGUACACAACCAGUAUAGAAUUGGACAAUGUCGACUUGCCUUUCAGAAAAUCUCUCCAACCAGUCUUGUGGGAAAACCAUCUAGGACAUGCCAUACACGCCUUUGUCAAUGGAGAAUUUGUAGGUACCAAACAUGGAAUCCACAGAGAACCAAGUUUCACUUUCCAGGCACCCAUAAGAUUGAAGGAAGGCGUCAACAAAAUAACAAUCUUGAGCAGUGUGGUUGGAAUGCCGGAUAGCGGAAGCAAUAUGGAGAAGAGGUGGACAGGGGUCAAAAGUCUGGGGAUCCAAAGUUUGGGUACUGGUGAUCUUGAUCUCUCAUACAAUGGAUGGCAUCACAAGAUUGGUAUGGAGGGAGAGAAACAUGAGUAUUACACUGAGGAAGGGGCAAAGAAGGUGAAAUGGGUCCCGGCAGAAGGAGGAGCCGGGGAAGUUCUCACGUGGUAUAAGGCAUACUUUGAUGCACCAGAGGGAGAUGAACCGGUGGCUAUAAGGAUGGAAAACAUGACGAAAGGAAUGAUAUGGGUAAACGGAAAAAGCAUUGGACGGUACUGGUCAAGCUUCCUUAGUGUUAAACAAGAACCUUCUCAAAAAGAGUACCACAUUCCAAGAGUAUUCCUUAAGACAAAGGACAACUUGUUGGUGAUAUUUGAUGAGACAGGAGGAAACAUAAACACAGUUGAGAUUGAAACAGUGAACCGCGACACCAUAUGCAGCUAUAUAGGGGAAGAUAUGCCGCCAACUGUGAUGUCAUGGAAGAGGGAUAAAGGUGACUUCAUUGCUGCAAUUGAUGACUUAAGGCCCAUGGCAUCACUUCAAUGCCCCAAUAACAAAGUCAUCACCCGUGUUGAGUUUGCUAGCUUUGGUAAUCCUUAUGGUGUUUGUGGUUAUUUCCUACUUGGCACCUGCAACUCUCCUCACACCCAAAACAUUGUUGAGCAGCAUUGUCUGGGAAAAGCUAGCUGCAAAAUUCCAGUAGACAGGAAAGUCCUGAACAAAGGCAACGACUGUGCGGGAGUAUCGUCGAAAACCGUGGCUGUGCAAGUGAGAUGCAGCCGUAAUAACUAACUAGGACUCUUUGUUUCUCACAUUUUCAAGGAAACCAAGGAUGGGGAGAAUCAUACAUAAAUACUGAAGCAUAUAUAUGUAAUAUGUUAGAGGGGGCAUAUAAUUUUAUGACUAGACUAGAGUGGUCACUCAUUUUAUAAUUUUGUGGAAAUAUCAAACUUAAAAUAAAUAAAAUUUUGGAGUUACUUUCAAUUAUUAGUAUUCA